AUGAGACGCCGCUGGUCAAACAACGGAGGAUUCCCGUUGCGUAUGCUCGAGGAGAGCUCAUCUGAAGUUACUUCUUCAUCUGCUCUGGGUCUCUCGGCGGCUAUGGUUAUGUCCCCGGAAUCGCUCGCCUCGCCUGAGUACGGGCUCGAGCUUUGGGGUUACGACGAUGGAAUUAGCUAUAACACGACACAAUCCCUGCUGGGCACACAUUGCACAAUGCAGCAGCAGCAACCUCAAACACAGCCGCUGCCAUCGAUGCCGCUACCGAUGCCACCCACGACACCAAAAUCUGAAAAUGAAUCUAUAUCAUCAGGUUAG